ACACAGAUUGAUAGUGGUGUCGUCAAAUUCAAUCAAACCCUGCUGAUACAUCGUGUAUUGUAUUGUGCUGGGGACGACAGGAUGGUUACGCGCGACGCAGUUGCUGCGUUCUUCCUCCUCGCACUAUCGAUCUUCACCUUCGCCGAUGGCCAGGAUUUCAUUAAGCUUCCGUCUGAAGCUCGCAGAUUCACCGACACACCAGUCAACGGAUUUUCGGGGACGAGAUGGGCUAUCCUAUUGGCUGGAUCCACUGGUUACUGGAAUUAUCGACACCAGGCUGAUGUUUGCCAUGCGUACCAAAUCCUAAAAAAAGGUGGUCUAAAAGACGAAAACAUUGUUGUUUUCAUGUAUGAUGACAUUGCCUAUAAUGAAGAAAAUCCAAGGCCUGGUGUGAUCAUAAAUAGUCCCCAUGGCGAGGAUGUCUACAAGGGAGUCCCAAAGGAUUAUGUUGGAGAUGAUGUUACCGUCAGCAACUUUUUUGCGGUUCUGCUUGGGAACAAGACUGCAGUUAGAGGAGGCAGCGGAAAAGUGGUUAACAGCGGUCCAGAUGAUCAUAUAUUCAUAUUUUACUCUGAUCAUGGUGGUGCUGGGGUGCUCGGUAUGCCUACCAAUCCUUAUCUGUAUGCCGAUGAUCUGAUUGAAGUUUUGAAAAAGAAACACGCUUCAGGGACAUAUAAAAGCUUGGUAUUUUAUGUUGAAGCUUGCGAAUCAGGAAGUAUCUUUGAAGGCCUACUUCCUCUGGGCUUGAAUAUAUAUGCAACCACUGCAUCAAAUGCCGAAGAAAACAGUUGGGGAACCUAUUGCCCUGGGGAUAAUCCUGGUCCUCCUGAUGAAUAUGAAACCUGCUUAGGCGAUCUAUACAGUGUUUCCUGGAUGGAGGACAGUGACAUUCACAACCUUCGGUCUGAAACUUUGAGGCAACAAUAUCAUCUGGUCAGACAGAGAACUGCUUUCAGUGGAAACUCAUAUGGAUCCCAUGUCAUGCAAUACGGUGAUCUCCAACUAAGUAUGGAGGAUCUUUACUCGUAUAUAGGCACAAAUCCUGCAAACGACAAUUUUACUUUUGCAAAAGACAACAUGCUGCAUCUCGGAUCACCCUCAAAAGCUGUUAACCAGCGUGAUGCCGAGCUUUUACAUUUUUGGGACAAGUUUCGUAAGGCCCCUGAAGGCUCUACAAGGAAAUCAAACGCCCAGAAGCAGCUUGCCGAAGCUAUAGCGCACCGAACACAUGUUGAUGGUAGUAUUACACUCAUCGGAAAACUCCUAUUUGGCAUUGACAAGGGCCCUGAAGUGCUGAAAGCUGUUCGACCAGCCAAAGCGCCUAUUGUGGAUGAUUGGACUUGCCUCAAGUCUCUGGUGAGAACUUUCGAGAGCUACUGCGGAUCCCUAUCCCAGUACGGUAUGAAACACAUGCGAUCGAUGGCCAAUAUGUGCAAUGCCGGUGUGACGAAAGAACAGAUGGCUGAGGUUUCUGCCCAAGUCUGCUCCAGCUUCCCUUCCAAUUCCUGGAGCUCUCUCCACAGAGGCUUCUCCGCCUGACCUGAUCAUGGUGAUGGUGAUGGAUAUUCAUAUUCAUCUACAACUUUACUUACUGCUUGCUUUCUUAGCUUGCUUUGUUUAUGUGAAUCAAAUCUCUUCAUUUCAACAUGCCCCACACUUCACACGCCUUUUUAUGUGUCAUUAUCUACUUGUUAUGUAUUUAUCUGUAUAAUACAGUAACAAUGUAGUAUCAUCAUAUGUAAUAAAAAUAAAAUUAGUAGUGUGUUCA